AUGGAUUUCUUUUCCAUGAAGAGGAAGAAGCUUCAAAGCCUGUGCAAGAAGCACGGUAUUCCUGCGAAUCUGAAAAAUAAAGAUAUGGCAGAAAAACUUUCUUUGAUUUACAAGGAAGAAAAAAAUGAGAAUCCUGGGUCACGCCGGUUACGAUCUGAUGUGGACAAAUCAAAUGUGGAAAUUAUAGUAUUGGACUCUGACAGUGAUUCUGAAGUUCAAAUGGAAGCUUUAGAUACUGUUGCUGAGAAGGAUUCUAAUGAGAAGACCAAUGUGAGCACUGAACAUUUAGUUGAUGCGGAACCCGAUCAAUCUCUAACCACUUCUCCUCGAAGUGAAGUCAAAUCUGAUCAUAAUAUUAUUCCUCCCUUGGAUGAUUCAGAUACUGUUGCUGAGAAGGAUUCUAAUGAGAAGACCAAUGUGAGCACUGAACAUUUAGUUGAUGCGGAACCCGAUCAAUCUCUAACCACUUCUCCUCGAAGUGAAGUCAAAUCUGAUCAUAAUAUUAUUCCUCCCUUGGAUGAUUCAGAUACUGUUGCUGAGAAGGAUUCUAAUGAGAAGACCAAUGUGAGCACUGAACAUUUACUUGAUGAGGAACCAAAUCAAUCUCUAACCACUUCUCCUCGAAGUGAAGUCAAAUCUGAUCAUAACAUUAUUCCUCACACGGAUGAUUCAGCAACACCAAGUGAUCUUAAUAUUCAUCACAUGGUUGAUUCAGAAGAGAUUGAGCAAGUUCAUCAACUUGAUGAUAAUAUUUAUGUUAUGGACGAAGCUGCUGCAAUGUGCCUUGAUGCAUCAACUGCUGUGAAGCAUACUGAUGAGGUCAAGUCCUAUGAUCUUAAUAAUAUCGUGUCACACCCGUUACGAUCGGAUGAAGACAAAUUGAAUUUGGAAAUUCCAGAAUUGGACUCUGACAAUGAUAUUGAUGUUCAAAUGGAAGCUUCAGAUACUGUUGCAGAGAAGGAUUGUAAUGAGAGAACCAAUGUGAGUGCUGAACAUUUACUUGAUGAGGAACCAAAUCAAUUUAUAACAACUUCUCCACCAAGUGAGGUCAAAUCCAGUGAUACUAAUAAUCUCCUGUCACGCCCAUUACGAACCGAUGAAGACAAAUUGAAUUUGGAAAUUACAGAAUUGGACUCUGAUGUUCAAAUGGAAGCUUCAGAUACUGUUGCUGAGAAGGAUUGUAAUGAGAAAACCAAUAUGAGUGCUGAACAUUUACUUCAUGAGGAACCAGAUCAACUUAUAACAACUUCUCCACUAAAAUUGGACUCUAACUGUGAUACUGAUAUUCAAAUGGAAGCUUCAGAUGAUGUUGCUGAGAAGAAUUCAAAUGAGAAGACCAAUGUGAGGGAAGGACAUUUACUUGAUAAGGAACUAGAUCAAUUUCUAACCACUUCUCCACUUAGUGAAGUCAAGUCCAGUGAUCUUAACGUUCAAAACACUGUUGAUUCGGGUAUUGCUGCUGCAAAUGCAGAUGCCUGUGAAGUGAAGCCUGCGACACCUAGAGAGCAUAAUGUUCAUGACAUGAUUGAUUCUGGCACUGCUGUUGGGAAUGAAGAUGCCUGUGAAGUGAAAUUGACAUCUGAAAGAAGUGGCAAUGUUGGAUCUUUUUAUGUGGAAGAAGACAUAAAUAUGAGGGCCAAUGUUUUAGAAGCAUUUGGCAACUAUACGAUGUUAGAAGAUCAGACAUCGAGUGAAAGUACUUAUGUUCAUGAAGAUACUGAUUAUCACUGUGUAAUAUCCCAAGCUGCUAAAACUUGCCAUGAUGCAUCACCGGGUGUAAAAAAUACUGAAGAUAACACCAAUGUGAGUGUUGAGAAUAUUCUAGAUGAGGUUCAUUUGUCUAGUUUAGAAAAUUCAAAUGGGACUCCAGCUCAGUUUCUGAAAACUAAUCCAUUAAGCGAAGUCGAGACUAGUGAUCUUGAUGCUGAUAAAAUGGUUGCUAGAGGCACUGAUACUAAAAGUGCAUAUACAAGUGGAGCAAAGUUUGAAUCGUCACUAAAUAUGAGUACAAGUCCAGCUUCAAAGGAAAUGGUUGGUUCAUCUACCAAGCUACUACCAAGAGAUACUGUAUUUUGUAAUAUGGAAGUAAGCAUGCAAAUUGGUGCUAAUAAGGAGCAAGUUGAUCCUAGCCAAGAGAAAAUGAUGGAGUUUUCUCCCAAGCUGUUUAAUAAUCCAGGCUCACCAACAAAUGGUGAUAUUGGAUUUUGUGGUUUGGAGGAAAACUUGGAGAUUGGUGUCAAUAAGGAGAACAUUGAUGCCAACGAAGAUGCUAUGCAUGCAGAACCUAGUGCGAUGGUCUUGAGCGACAAUGAGAAUCUUAUACAGGCUGUUUCAGAAGAACCUGGUAACAAUUUGAUGGAGGAUGAAGUUGCGAAUGUGGAUAAUAAAUUUGAUAUUGUUGAAGAUGUUCCUGGAUCUGUUAACCCAGGAUCAAAGAAAAAUGCUGAUUUGAACACCUAUGUGUCUGGUGGAGAUAUUCUAGAUGAGGUUCAUUCCUCUAGUUUUGAAGAUUCAGAUGUGACACCAGUUCAGUUUCUGACAACUGAUCCGUUAAAGGAAGCAGAGACAAGUGAUCUUGAUGUUCCUGGUAACAAUUUGAUGGAGGAUGAAGUUGCGAAUGUGGAUAAUAAAUUUGAUAUUGUUGAAGAUGUUCCUGGAUCUGUUAACCCAGGAUCAAAGAAAAAUGCUGAUUUGAACACCUAUGUGUCUGGUGGAGAUAUUCUAGAUGAGGUUCAUUCCUCUAGUUUUGAAGAUUCAGAUGUGACACCAGUUCAGUUUCUGACAACUGAUCCGUUAAAGGAAGCGGAGACAAGUGAUCUUGAUGUUCACACAAUGUUUGAAACAGCCACUGCUACUAAUGCAGAUACAAGUGGAGCAAAGUUUCGAUCGUCACAAAAAAUAAGUUUAAGUCCAACUUCAAAGGAAAUAGUUGGUUCAUCUACCAAGCUGCUAAAUAAUUCAGUAGCACCAAGAGAUGUUGUAUUUUGUAAUGCGGAAAAAAGCAUGCAAAUUGGUGCUAAUAAGGAGCAAGUUGAUCCUAGCCAAGAGAAAAUGAUGAGGUUUUCUCCCACGCUGUUUAAUAGUCCUGAGACACCAACAAAUGGUGGAAUUGGACUCUGUGGUUUGGAGGAAAACAUGGAGAUUGAUGUUAAUAAGGAGAACAUUGAUUCCAAUGAAGAUGUUAUGCAUGAAGAACCUAGUAUGUUGGUCAUGAGUGAUAAUGAGGAUCUUAUACAGGCUGUUUCAGAAGAACUUGGUAAUGAUUUGAUGGAGGGUGAAGUUGCGAACAUGGACGAUAAAUUUGAUCUUCUUGAAGAUGUUCAUGGAUCUGUUAACCCAGGUGGCACGAAUAGCACUCAUGCAUCAAACAUAAAAGCUGAUUUGAACACCUAUGUGACUGGUGGAGAUAUUCUAGAUGAGGUUCAUGCAUCUAGUUUUGAAGAUUCAGAUGGGACACCAGUUAAGUUUAGUGAUCUUGAUCUUCACAAAAUGUUUGAAACAGCUACUGCUACUAAAAAUCAAGAUAUAAGUGGAUUGAAGAUUGAAUCUUUGCCAAAGAUGAGUUUAUAUCCAACUCCAGAGAAAAUGAUUGGUUCAUCUAGGUUUGAAGAUUCAAAUGGGACACCAGUUCAGUUUCUUCCAACUGAUCCGUUAAGGGAAGCGGAGACUAGUGAUCUCUAUCUUCACAAAAUGUUUGAAACAGCUAGUGCUACUAAAAAUGCAGAUACAAGUGGAGUGAAGUUUGAAUCUUCAAGAAAAAUGAGUUUAACUCUUACUCCAGAGAAAAUGAUUGAUUCAUCUCCCAAGCUGCUUAAUAAUUCAGGGACACCAACAAAUUUUGGAUUUUGUGAUGUGGAUGAAAAUUUGCAGGUUGGUGCCAAUAAAGAGAACAUUGAUCAUAGUGAUAAAGUUCUGCAUGCAGAACCUAGUCUAGUGGUCAGGAGGGACGAUGAAGAGGUUGAUCUUAGUAUUUCUCAAAUGGCUGCUCAAGAAACUUGUGAAGAAGAGAUGCUUAAAUCAUCAGAAAAGACUUGUAUGGUUGCUGAUCCUGAGGAAUGCAUUGGAUUUUCCCUUAAUGACCUUGAAGCUUCAGCUGCUAAAGGCUCUGAGGCUGAAACAUAUUUUAAAUCAACUGCACUUGGCGAUGUUAUGGAAACUUGUAACAUGGAAGGAAGCAUGCAAACUAACAUGAUGGAGGGUGAAAACAGUCAGGAAGAAAAACAAGGUUAUUCAGCGAGCUGGAAAAAGAAAGGGAGUGAUGUGGAUGAUAAUAGUGGUGCAAUUUCAGAUAAGGAAGUGAAAGCAGAUGAGCUUGUUCCAGCUGUGCCGCAAUCUUGGGAAAUGGAAUCAUGCGAUUUUGGCCUUCAACAACUUUUUGCUCAAGACAUUGCUUUUGGAGAUGAAGAAUCAUCCAUGAUGCAUAAAAAUAUGGAGAUUUCCAUGAUCGAGGAAGAAAACAAUCGGGAAGAUUGUGUUUCAGCUCAGCGAGUAGUUAGCAAACUUUUUGACAACUCUGAUGUUCACGAUGAUAUUGGUCGAGUUGGGGGAGAAGAAGAAAAUCAAGCUCAUUCGGCAAGCCGGAAAAGGAAAUGUGAUGUCGAUGAGACUAGCGGUGCAAAUUCAGAUAGUGUAAUGGAGUCAUCCGAUUUCGGCCUUCAACAAGUUUUUGCUCAAGACACUGCUUCUGGUGAUGAAGAAUCAUCCAAGAUGCAUACAGAAAUGGAGAUAUUGGUCAUGUUGGAGGAUUGCAUCCAAGGUGCAUCCAAGAAUCAUCCAAUGAUUGAGGAAGAAAACAAUCAGGAGGAUUGCAUCUCAGUUCAGCAAGAAGAAGAAAUUCAAGCUUAUUCGGCAAACCUGAAAAGGAAAAGAAGUCAUGUGGAUGAUACUAGUAGUGCAAAUUCAAUUGAGAAAGUGAAAGCAGACGAGCUUGUUCUAGCCGUGCCUCAACCUAGCGAAAUGGAUUCAUGCAAUUUCAGCCUUCAACAACUUUUUGCUCAAGACACUGCAUCUGGAGAUCAAGAUGUUUGUCUAAAGAAGUUGGACUCACCAUCCAAAGCUACUCCAAUUGCAAGUGGAGAGAAAAACAUCAUUUUUACUCCUAAGUUCAAUGAAUCAUCUAUGAUGAAUAAAGAGAUGGAGAUUGCCAUGAUUGAAGAAGAAAACAAUCAAGAGGAUUGCAUUGCGGCUCAGCGGGAAGUUUGCAAGUUUUUAGACAACUCUGAUGUUCAUGAUGGUAUUGGUCUAGAUGGAGCCAAAGAUGAUCAAGUUUAUUGGGCGAGCCGGAAAAGGAAAAUGAGUGAUAUGGAUGAUACUAGUGGUGGAAAUUCAGACGAGGAAGUGAAAGCAGAUGAGCUUGUUCCAGCUGUGCCGCAAUAUAGUGAAAUGGAGUCGAGUGAUUUCGGCCUUCCACAACUUUUUGCUCAAGAUACUGCAUCUGGAGAUGAAGAUGCUUAUCAAAAGAAAUUGGACUCAUCAUCAAAGGGUACACCAACUGCAAGUGGAGAGAAAAGCAUCAUUUUUACUCCCAAGCUCCAAGAAUCAUCAAUGAUGCGUAAAAAGAUGAAGAUUGAAAUGAAUUUGUCUCAAAAACCUGCAACAAGAGAUAGUGUUGGUGCCUGUGAUAUGAAAGAGAACAUUAAAACUGACAAGAAUGAAGACAUUAGCUCGACGGUGUUAAGGAAUAAGUUUGCCAAGAGGCUACCUCUUCAAGAUCUUCACCAGAAUUGA